AUUUUUUUAUUUUUGGCGUUGAAAAGAAAUAUUGAUUACAAUAAAGAACCUCAACUUGCUUAAUAUUCUAAAUCUCAAUCUAAUAGUUGGUAUUCUUGUUACCUCGCUUUCUGAAGCAGAAAAGAUAGCCAAAAGGAUUCAAGAAGAAAGAAGCAAUGCCACCUGCUAAGAAGUUUUGCAGCCUCCCCUUGUAUGCUCUUGUACUUGUUCUAUUGAGUGCGCAAGAAAAUCGUGCCAGGAAGAUAACUACAGGGUAUGGGAAAGACAGCAAUGAAAACAUGGUUGUUUUGCAGCAACAUGCCAUGGAUAACCAUCUACAACUGCAAACAGCUUACAGAGAAGAAAGCCAUGAACAGAAGCUCCAAUUCAAGUACAACAACAAUGAUGAUCAUGGGCAUCAUAUACAGAAACUUAGGAACCAUGAACAUGGUCAUUCAUCAUCCCACAUGGAUCACACGGAUCCUGCCCUAAAUGUUUUCUUCACAACAAAUGACUUGGUGGUUGGAAAAACAAUGCCGAUAUACUUCCCCAGAAACGACCUCUCUGCUUCCCCUAGAUUACUACCUAGAGAAGAAGCUGAUUCCAUUCCAUUCUCGGCAUCACAGAUCCAAUAUCUCCUUGACUAUUUUUCCUUCUCCAAGGGCUCUCCACAAGCCAAGGCCAUAGAGUAUACACUCAGGCAAUGUGAACUUGAACCUAUCAAGGGAGAGACCAGAUUCUGUGCAACCUCAUUGGAAUCCAUGCUUGAGUUUGCACGUGACAUCUUUGGAUUUGAUGCUCGAUUCAGAGUACUGACCACUACCCAUAUCACAAAUUCAACAAUCCUUUUGCAGAACUAUACGAUUCUGGAAACACCUAAACAGAUCUUUGCUCCUAAAAUGAUUGCAUGCCAUACCAUGCCUUACCCUUAUGCAGUUUUCUAUUGCCAUAACCAAGAGAGCAAAAACAACCAUAACCAAGAGAGCAAAAACAAUGUGUUUGAGAUUUCGCUAGGAAGUGAGAAUGGGGAUAGAGUGGAAGCAGCUGCUGUUUGCCAUAUGGAUACCUCCAGAUGGGACCGUGAUCAUGCUGCAUUCAGCGUGCUCAAGAUCGAACCUGGAACCUCCCCUGUCUGCCAUUUCUUCCCAGCAGAUAAUCUAGUUUGGGUGCCUUUGCCAGCUAAAAUCUAGUUGGUGGUUUGUGACUCAAGGCAUAGAAUUCCAUAACCAAUAGUGUUAUGUUUCUUGUGCCUACAAGCAGUUUCAGUUCAUAUGAAAAUGCUCCAUAAUUACUGAUGAUAUGUAUCAAAUACCAUAAUCCACAUAUAUUGUAUAAACAGUUUCAACCUCAGUAAUCCCAAAGUAAAAUUUUCAAUUAGUAA